GAAAACAUUGGGCUUAGAUUUGUUCUUGAAAAAGCUGGAGCGUUGUGAAAAAGAAUAGAAUCUUUUUGUUUAUUUAUUUGUUUGUUUUGUUGGAUCAUUUAAUUUCACAUAUUUAGAAAAUAAGAAAUGAAUCAACAGGUACUUGAAGAGCAGGAAGGUAGCAGAUCAAGCACUACAGGUAUGCCUGCAGUUUCUUUUGUGAAUUUAAGGACUCUAGAAGUAUCAAGAUGCCAUGGACUCGUUACCAUAUUGAGCUACACAAUUGCUAAGAGAUUCGAUCAGCUGUCAACAAUGAGCAUAACUGAUUGUUCAAAGUUAGAAGAAAUCGUGGCAUGUGAGGGUAAUGAAGUGAAAGAUGAAAUUGUUUUCACCCAACUCACAUCUUUGCGACUUGGUCUUUUAUCAAGACUUGAAAGCUUUUGCUCUUGGAAGUGCAACCGUAGUUUCCCAUCUCUGCAUGAAGUGAUUCUAAGCACGUGUCCAGAAAUGAGUACCUUCUCCAAGGGAGUAGUGAAAACAGAGAAACUGCAGAAAGUGAAGCUGACAGAAGAAGAUGAUUCUGGAAUCUGGAAGGAUGGCGACCUUAACUCCUCCAUACAAUAUUUGUUCACUAAUAAGACAAAAACUCUUCCUCAUUUAGAUGAGUUUCACGGAAGAAAUGUGCAAGGUGUUAACGCAGUCAUUGAGGACAAGAAAAAAGAUGAUGGUCAAGAGAAAGAACAAAAUGAAGAUGACGGACUUGACCAUAAUGAAAAUAAAGGAGAAAAUUCUGUUUCCUUAGAUGAUUCACAUCCAUCUAUUGCACAAUACACACGAGGAUCCGCUAGUAAAAGAAAUGAAGUAGCUUUGUCAUCAAAGGAAAAGAAGAGAGAAGAAGAUGCAGUUAUUGUUGCACAAGAACCAGAUAGCAAAAAAGCUGAAGGUGAAUCUACUGCUGAAUGCAUCGUCAAUGCAGCCAGGUUGUUAGGUAAUGAUUUAAUAAAGGAGGUCAAUAAAGAGUUGAUUAAGGGUAUUGGGUCUGAUGUGAUGCUUCUAGAGAAAUCUUCUAGGUUGGACAGUGCCUUGAGUAAAAUUGAGGGGUUGACAGAAGAUGAGAGGAAUAUUGCUCUCAGGAAACUUCCAGAUCACCCUAUACAAAUGCUCAUCUUCUUCAACCUUUCACCGGAUCGAAGACUUGCAUGGGUGAGGGGAUUCCUCAUGGAUCAUUGACUUAUCUUCAAACAUUCAUAGAUGAUAUUAUAUAUCGCCUCAGGUAUGGCCAAGUUCAUCACUUUUUGAUUUAAGCUUUACUUUCCUUAGCUACUAUAGAUUGAGUUUAGUUGGCAUGGAAUUUUUUAAUAUAGAUUUUUUAUUUGA